AGGCACUGAAUAAUUAUUUGAAUUUUUUUUUUCUUGAAUUCCAGAAUCGGAUGUUGAGAUCCUCGGCGAUUCAUCGAAGAACUUUGUGUAACUUUACUGAUAAAUCAGGAAAAUCUCAUAAAAGCAAUGAGCGAUAUAAUUUCCGCCGGCGAUUCGCCGGUAACUGAAGCGAAGAGUGGCACUGAUGGCGCUAGAAUUGCGGAGGUGAAGGCGUGGCUCGCCUCUCAAUUUGAUGCGGCUGGUAAAGAUGUUCCUGAAUUCGAAUAUACUCCUCGUAGCAUUGCUCAUUUGUACAAUUUGGCCUCCGUCUCCCAGGCCAAGACACAGGCUGCCAACAUCCUCGCUAACGAUUUCCGCCAGAAAGCCAUCGAGUAUCGUGCACAAGCUGCAAGGAUUAGAGAGAUAUUGGAAAAUGUAGGGCUAGCACAAGAAAGUUUGCCCUCAAAUGUGGUUGGGUCAGCUCAAGUUUUGGCAAAUGUGGCAAACUUGUUGAAUAUAAGAGAUACUGAACUAAGUAGUUUUCUUGUAGCAAUGGGGGAUAUUUCCUUAAGAAAGACUGGAGUAGAGGAAAAGAGGGCUAAAGCACAGAAAGAGUCCAAAAUUCUUCUCGAUUACACUCGGAAGGCAAUAGCAAGGCUUACCUAUUUGAAAAGAACACUUGCACAACUUGAGGAUGAUGUAGCUCCUUGCGAAGCUCAAAUGGAAAACUGGAAGACAAAUUUGGCUGUUAUGGCAUCAAAGGAGCGGCAAUAUCUGCAACAAUAUUCCAACUACAAGGCACUUCUUAAUCGUGUGGGCUACAAGCCAGAGAUCAGCCAUGGAGUACUGGUUGAAAUGGCAGAGCAUAGAAAGGAGUUGGAGAAGAAAACAAAGCCCAUAAUGGAUACCUUGAGGAGUUAUCAGGACUUGCCACCGGAUAAAGCAUUAGCUGCUCUAGCAAUAGAGGACAAGAAAAGACAGUAUGCUGCUGCUGAGAAGUAUCUUGAAGAUGUAUUACAAUCAGCCCUUGCCAGUUCAGAUUAACAAGUGGGAUAUAGAUUAUUGUCGUAUUCUUGUAUUUGUUCAGGUACAUUUUUUCUGUUAUUGCAGAACCUAUGAAGUGAUUGUCUCUGAUGCACUAAUGAUAUAUCUUUCAUUUCUGGUUUGUUGUCGGUUGUAUUUGGUCUAGAGCAACAAUUGUUUGAUUGUUAGGAGUACAAAACAAUGAAAGAUCAUAGCAUAUAUGUUUGACAAAUUCUUAAAAGACAUUUUGGUAAUGUUAUGAAAUAGGAUCAUUCUUGUUCA